UUCUCUCAUCAAUAUAUUUCUUUUUUAUCAUAUCAUGGCUGCAGGUGUUGCUAGCAUGCGCCCGGGAGACCAAGGCGCACCCACGCUCGAUAUAUGUCGCUAAAGUAUGCACUCGAAAUAAGGUGCGCACAAUAGCAACUUCGGACGCUGUGGGUAAUACACGUACAAAAUUCAUAAACGACGACGUAGUGAGAAGGGAGAGGGCACCACGGGCGAGGGUCAAUGGCCGCACCACCGGCGAGGGCACGAGCAGAUUACGAUUACCUCAUCAAACUUCUCCUCAUCGGCGACAGCGGUGUGGGUAAGAGUUGUCUUCUUUUGCGAUUCUCUGAUGGUUCUUUCACGACUAGUUUUAUUACCACCAUUGGAAUUGAUUUUAAGAUAAGAACCGUUGAACUUGAUGGCAAGCGGAUCAAGCUCCAGAUCUGGGAUACAGCUGGGCAAGAACGAUUUCGAACAAUCACCACAGCUUACUAUCGUGGAGCAAUGGGUAUAUUGCUGGUUUAUGAUGUCACAGAUGAGUCGUCCUUUAACAACAUUAGGAACUGGAUCAGAAACAUUGAACAACAUGCUUCUGACAAUGUCAACAAAAUACUCGUAGGGAACAAAGCUGACAUGGAUGAAAGCAAAAGGGCUGUUCCUACGUCCAAGGGCCAAGCACUCGCGGACGAGUACGGGAUAAAAUUCUUUGAAACUAGUGCUAAGACAAAUCUUAAUGUGGAAGAAGUUUUCUUUUCUAUAGCUAGGGAUAUAAAGCAAAGGCUUUCGGAUUCCGACACCAAAGCAGAACCAACAGCGCUCAAGAUUAAUCAGGCUGACUCAGCUGCUGGAGGCAGCCAACCUGCACAGAAGUCAUCUUGCUGUGCUUCUUGAAUGCUUGGAAAUGAUAAACGAUUGAAGGCACUUAAGUAGGUGCUGCACUGUUGAGAAGUAACAGAAAGAAAAGAACUAUUGUGGUGAAAUAUCUCAGUCCUCUGUAUUUUCCUCUUUCCCGACUUGUUUGGUUUGUUGAUAGGUUCUUAUCAUUGGGAAAAAGAGUUGAAUUUGGUUGUUGCGUUUUGCUUUAGUGUCCUCCUCCAUUUGACCUCUUAUACCUCUAAAACAUCCAUGCAGACUCAUACAUUUUCUGCAUAUUUCAGCUCUAACACUGUAUGUUAGAUAAUAGUCCCCUUUAUUUAUGUCCUACAAAAUUUAUGCAUUCGUCCUCUGUUUCAGUCCGUUGGUUUAGGAAUCGUGCUUAUACUAGUCCAUUGUUUUGGUACAACAUUUCUAAUUCAGUUUCAUUUUUUUACUUUUGAUUCA